UCUAAGUUUUCUUCCCCUCUGCUUUCCCCUCUGCCUGUGCUCUCAGACCCAUCAGUGUCUCUCCUCCUGUGGUGAGAAGCCCGUGGAGCCGCUCCUCUCCUGGGUCCCUCUCUGGCCCUGCGAGCGCUGCAUCUCCCCCUCCUGCAGACCCUCCCCUGUAAAGAGGCUGCAAACUGUGCUGCCAUCCCUGGCUGUGCCUGCAUUGAGGCUCCAAGGCUUUGCAAGAAGCACAACUGCUUCACCGAGUCUAAGCACAGGGAGAGGUUUCCAAGGUAUUGAUUUUGGCUCUGCUCGAGGCAGGCAGCUCCCUUGGUCUUCUCCGCCGGCAAAUAUUUGUCAUUUCCAGCUCCUCAGCUGGUCAAGACCAACAGAACUUGUCUGGGGAGCUGCAGCACUUUGCAUUCAUUAUUUACAGGGUUUCAGACAAACACUUGGUGCUUGGCCAGGGCCCAGCCCUCGGUGGUUGUGGACAGGCUGGGUGCAGUGGCCCAGCCGCGAGGACGAGCCUAGCUUGCUGCAGUGGCUCAGCCAGCUCGCAGCAAGCAGCACCAGAGCCUCAGCCUCCCCUUGCAGGCCCUCUGCAGGCUGGGGCAGGUGGGGUUGAUGAGCUCCAGUGACCUUUUGUGCCCCACUCAUUUCACAGAAUCUUUUGCUCAGAGAAGACCUUUAAUCCCCUUCCUGCACGCGCUCCGCAGCCCAGCCGCAGCUGCCACGUGCGAGUUGUCAGCUCUGUGCUCUUUGAUGUUCCCCUAGCUUGCUUUUUUCCCACUGUCCAGCUGCUCUAGAAAGCCCAAGCUGUGGUUACGUGGCCAGACGAGUACCAGCCCAGGUCUGGAGCCUGUGAGCAAAGGGGAAGGAAGCCAAAUGGGCAGCGAGGGAGGAACUGAAAUGUGUGUGAAGCGCUCGAAUCGCCCCUGGCCGGGCAGAGAUGAGAGCACACAGGUUCUCCCAGGCAGGCGCUGCAGCGCGGCCGCCGGGGUGUUCACGGAGCCGCAGCUCCGAGCUAGGGCUGGCGACUCCGUGCUGCUGCUGUGCCUCUUCCUGGACCCCGACAGCAAGGGAUGGACCCUGCACAAAGUGGACUGGCUGCACAAGGCAGGAGCUGGCACGCAGGAGGAGAUGGUGUUUUUUUACUACAGCAACCACGGCGUCCCCGCGGGCCGCUUCAAGAACCGGGUGCAGUGGCAGGGGAACAUCUCCCGCUGGGACGGCUCCAUCCUGCUGCAGGACCUGCGUCUCAACGACAGCGGCACCUACGAGUGCGAGCUGCGGCUGCUGGAGGCCAGCAGCGUCUUCAGGAGCCGCACGGUGCUGCUCGUCAGCCCCGCGCUCCCCAGAGGUGCCGAGGAUGCCGCGGCCCCGAGGGAAUCCGGGUUCUGGCCGGCCGUGGUGGGCUGCGGCUGCGUGGCCGUGGUGGUGGCGUUCCUGGCCGGGCUGUGCGUGAGGAAGAGGUAAAAACGCUGCUCUGGGUUUGGGGGGUGAGGAGGCGGCUCCCUGCAGCCCUCCUGGCCCGGGCCAGGCUGUGCCCCGGUGCUCGCAGGUGUGAGGGUUCAGCUGCCCAGGUGAGGCGUGCCAGCCUCCUGCUGCCAUCUGGUGUCACCGUGUCCCCUCGGCUCCCAAACCUCCUGAGCUGUGCCAGCAGCACGGAUAGCCUGGCCCGGGCGUGUGCUAAGGGGUGUCGGUGUCCCGGGAGAGCCAGGGAGGGACGGGAGGAGCGGGUGAUGCUUCCGGCCGGCGGUGACACGGCUGCUGCCUUCCCUCGAGGUUCGGGAGCGUCACAGCCCUGGAGAGGAUGGGGAAGAGCAGCAGCAAGGGCAAAGCAGAGGAAGCAAUUUACUCCUCAAUCCCUGGAGCUGAGGUGCCCAAGGCUGAGCAGGAAGCAAAGAAGAAGAGGAGAGCUGAGGACACCUACAUAACCAUGCACCCGUCUCACUGCCGGGACAACGGCGUCUACGUGGAGCUGGCCAAGAGAGCCAUCCCGUCAGAGUGGAUGGCAGAGGGGACCCAGGGGCAUGGACAGAGCCAGGAGCCCCGCAGCAGGCCAGAGGAGGCACUUCCCCAGCCCCCAGAGCGGCAGAAAUAGCUGUGCUGGGGGUGGCAGCCCCUUUCCAUGUGUGUCCGAGACACCUUUGUCACUGCGAGGACUGAGAACUGGUGACACGUCGCUGUGUGCCCCGGGCCAGGGCCCUUCUGGGGCACAGCCCACCCCAGGUGCCUGCAGGGGACCAGGGGACACCUGUCCCUCCGGCUCUUGCCCCCUGGGCUCGAGAGAGCGGGCACAGCCUCACGCUCCAUCUCUGCUCCUGGCCAGGGGGAGGAUCCCCAAGGGGGGAGACGCAGCAGGAGCCAUCACUAUUUUCUGUAAAUAAUAAAACUCAGGGAGCCUUCCCUGAUGCUGUCUUCAUUUUA